UAGUGUUCUCUGCCUUGAGCAAAACUAAGUAUUUGGUGCAACUACCAUUUUUUGUUUGCUUACAUCUGAUAUUGGCCGAGGCCUGCAGACUGGACGUGUGUUGAAGAGUACCAGUUUCAACCCAUCCUAGUUUGUGACCUUCAAAGCGCUGUUUCAUGGCAUAGGUACUUGUUUGAUGGUAUUGGGUAUUGACACUUUUGUUUCUGUGGAAACAGAGUCAUCCCAUGACUUACAAAAAUCAGCUCAUAGGAUUGUGGAUGAGCCUUGAAGACAGCUGUUUUAAGAGCAGCCACAGGAAUAUUUUGUGAGAAAAUCAGCUUUUUGUAGGCUGUACAGUAGUCAAUUUAUGUGGCACCAAUAAUUACGAGCGAGCGAGCGCAGCGAGCGAAGCGAGUCUUUUCAAUAUAACGCAAAAAUCUCAGUAUUAGCGGCCCGGCCCGGCCCGGCCUGUAACGCUUUUGAGAGGCUUAUAUCUCAGCAACCGCUGGACCGAUUGGCCUGCGGUCUUUUUUGCUGGGUAGCCCCAUCCCUUCUACCCCGUAAUUGACUACUUUUGAUGCAUCUCAGUGACCGUCGUGGCACGUGCCACGUGAAAAGUCAAGGGUGUUCAAGCUGUUUUGCAAAAGUAUUCAUUUUGAGAGGCUCAUAUCUCAGCAGCCGCUUGGGCGAUUGAAUUGCGGUAAUUUUUGUAGGGUAGCAGCAUCCCUUCUACCAAAAAUAGGAUACUCUCGAUGCAUGUGGGUCACCCCCAGUGCACGUGCAAAAUACAACAAUAAGAGGUGUCAACUUUGUUCCCAUUUUAAUAACUCGGUAAUUACUGGGGCGAUUUCGCUGAAACUUGGCAUACAGGUAGGCACCCACCAGGCAAUGCAUUCCCAUGUGUUGCGGUUAAGGUGCUACUGCACGUGCGCACGUGCAGGGGGCGCUUCCAGAUCUCGAGAACGACUGGGCCGAUUGCGCUCAAAUUUGGUACACGGUUGGAGACCGGUUAGUAGGGUGCCGUGCAAAAGUCAGUUUGGACCACGUUUGCACGUGCGCACGUGCAGAAUGCCGCUUCCAGAUCUCAGGAACGGCUGGGCCGAUUGCGUUCAAAUUUGCAACACCGCUAGCGACCGGUUAGAAGGGUGCUUUGCGCAAGCCCGUUGGAAGUACCCUCUCGCUCUUCCGCACGUGCAGGGCUCACUAUCUCGCUCGCUCGUUCUUCGCCCAAAAGGCGUUUUACUGGUAUUAAAUUGAGAGAAACAUGUAUACCUAUACAUGUAUCAUUUUUGCAUUGUGUGCGAUUUUUUUUUGGCACCAGGUCACAUAGGUCAAAUCACCAGCUCAGGUUAAGUUUGUUCCUCAUAUUUCUAGCUUGCUUAGUUUUUGAGUAAACUGGGUGUGACCAAAUGUGCACCACCAGGCUCCCUUUCCUGGUGAAGCUGGUUGAGACCCCAGCCAGGUAUGGGGGCAAAUGACUUCAAUUGAUUAGUAAUUAUUAAACCACUAAUUGCUCAUUUUGGAGCUGGAUAUGAUAACAUUAGUAUUACGCUUUACAUGUUCCAGUGUUGUGAAUAAGUGACAUACCUCAAGCUAUAAGAAGUGGGCAGCCAUGCUUGAGGACAACAGUUCUUCAGAUGAAAAAAUCUCAGCCAUGCUCCUGUCUGACCCAUGCUAUCGGAAGUAUGCUGCUCUGAAGAGAAGAUGUCAGGCUGUUGACCAGGAGAACCAGCGGCUGGUGGGCCGCGUGUACCACGUGCAGCGCCAGGUGCGUCUGGCGCGCCGCCAGUGCCGGCUGGUGGCCGCCCGGCUGGAGCAGCACGGCGACGACUACUGUGUGGCGGCGCAGCGCGCGGCCGACGCCGAGCUGGACGUUCGGGACGACGGAGGCGCGCCGGGCCGACGGGCCGCCGCUGCCGAGACGGUGCCCAAGUCUCGGCUGAAGUCUGAGAAGAAGCCGAAGCGCCGGUUGAACGAGCCGAAGCGGCCCUCGAACCCGUUCUUCCAGUACUGCCAAGAGCAGCGCGGCCACAUGCUCUCGCAGAUGAAGGGACAGAGUCCCGCCGGAGUGACGAAGGCGGGCGUCACCAAACAGCUGGCGGCCAACUGGAGCCGCAUGUCCGCUCAGCACAAACAGAAGUACGUGGAGCGAUACGAGGAGGACAAGCGACAGUACGCCAUCGCCAUGCAGAAGCUGCAGAGCGGCGGCACGCAGGGUACCUCCGGACCGUCGUGAGGGACAUCUCCGGACUUAAGUCGGUAGGCUGAGGGCCAGAGCGCCCAACGAUUGUAGUUUGCGCGUCAAAACAGUGUCUGAAGGUCGAUCACCAGACUGCGGCCGGCGGACAUCCUUAAAGGGACUGUCCCACCUUUGCAUUAGUUCUGAGUUGAGAUAGCCAAGUUGGCGGCCAGGUUCAGAAACCACUAUAUAUCCUGGUCGCAAUAUCCUCAGUUUCGUGGUGUUAAAGAAAUUCGUUUCCUUCAUUUGAAAAGUGGGCCUUAGCUAAGGCCCUAUCUCUUAACUAUUAACGGCCAUUUGAUGACGUCAUUUGCAUUUUGAACGCCUGUCACGCAUGUGAAGUUUCACUUGAUUUACGAAUAAGCUAAUCAGAGACACUUGUUAUUGUAUGAGCCGCGUCAUAUUUGAGAGCAAAUACCUAGAUUUGCUGCCAAAUUUCCCCCACAUUGACAUGAAGUAAAUCCUUCAUUACGUCACAGAUCCGAUCUAAAUGACGUCACGAUGAAAUAUAAAAGUCGCAAUAUCUCAAAAAGUAUACAAUGAAAACGCGUAAAAACUUGCAGAAGUACAAUAUCAUGAGUAACAUUUCCGAAUCCUAAAUGGUACUUUUUUGAAGGUGGGAUAGUCCCUUUAAAACACAAAUGUGAUCGUGAUGAUGGAUCUGUUCAACUAGGCCAGACUACAGUCACAGUCUACAUAGUGCCUCCUGGUCUGCUCAUGAGUGCGGUCUGAAGUAUCUAGUCUAAGGUCUGACAAGUAUAUGUUUACCAGUACCAUUCUGGCGUCCAAAGGCAAAAAGACGUAAGCGCCACGAACAUAAUUUUACAGGAGAGCUUUUUUAGUGUUUUGCAAUGGCCUUGUGAAAAGAAAAAGUGAUACCGAGUUUAGUAUCAUUAGGACCGUCAUAGUUUAGCAAAUCCAUGUGUUGCAUUUUUUUUACAUAUAACUUUAUCCGUUUUCUCAUAAAUCAAAAAAAUGCUUUCUUCUAUGGCUGGCGUAGUUGAGUUCGGUCCAACGUAACUGGCAAAAAGACGUAAGAAACAUCUAAAAUUAACGCUGGACGUUUGCGUCUUUUUACCGCUUUCUCCCUAGUGCUGAAAUCUUAGACACAAAAAGGAAGAUUAGCGUAUUUGGGCAGAUACGUUUUUUACCUUGGCCGCGGAUGUUGAACAACACACGAUGGCACCGACCAAAAAGCCGCAUGUCCCAUGUACGUCUUUUUUCCUCGGCCGAUCUCUGAACAAUUGUGGUAGUUUACAAGCCGCCGGGUGGUAACCAGCAUGCUGUUUUGAUGACCAAAAACAAUUCAUUCAUUCUCAUUAAUUUAUUGUGGAAAACGGCGUCAGAAAACGACAGCGACGGCGAAUGAGCUGUAAUUCUGCCGUACAAAGCUGAAAAAGCGUAUCUCGCAUUUAGCAAGUUUUACAGGAGAGCACUUUUUGUCUUUUGCUCAAUUAAUUGAAAACCAAAUGGCCAAUCACCAUAAAACUGAUAUCAUGAUAUUCCUUGUUACACGACCAAUCUCAUUAGUGGCGUUAUACACGAGAAUUAUAUUGUUAAUUUGAUAUAAACGUCGAAGAAAGUAGAUACGCUUAUUUCACCUUUGUUCGGCUGAUGCCAAUGCAGAUACGCUUCAACCGUAUGUACAAACAAUGAGCGCAUCUUCGUUUCUUGUCUUCGAUGCAC